AUGAAAACAAAAGAGCAAAAGUCUGCCCAGGAAGAAGGGCCAGACUUUCGUGCUGAGAUAAUGAGACAGAUAAGCGAGGUCCAAAACCAGGCUCAAGUACAGGUUGCCCAAUUGCAGAGUAAAAUUGAACAAAUUCUGAUGAAGUCCAAGCCUACAGUUAGAUCAAGUGGAAAGAGAUCAUCUAUUGGUGCUCACUCUUCCAUCAACCAAUGGCCUCCACAGCCUUCCGAAAUUUCAAUUCAAAAGAUAAAAAAGGUUUGCUUAAAAAAUGUCUACGAUACUGUCUCAUAUCGUAACUCUAUGACGACAUUUGAGAGCUUUAAAUUUCAGACUCCUGUCAAUGCUGCAGUGAUUCAGCCACAGGCCCCGGAUGGUACACUUGGAGUUGGCCUUAAGCGAGCCUAUUUUCCACAACAGCAAUCUACUACAGAAGCAACAGCAGAACUGGUCAAAGGCAAAACUCUCAAGGUUGCUGCUGUACCGCCAGUUCUUGUAAUGUCCGAGGGAUCACACCCCCUAUUGGACAAUUCAUCCAAUUCCUCGGAUGGGAAGGGAUGCAGUGAUUUUGUGGAGUUGCCAAAUUCAAAAUGGUGCAAAUCAAGUGACCUUAUGGUCACAAGACAAUCAGCACAACCAUCCUACUUCCAACUGGCCCCAAUGAAUACACAGAAGAUUGACGUUAUGCCAACAGACGAGUGGUUUGAUUUCACUCAGUCCCAAGCCCAGUUCGAGGGAAUGCAAGAGCAGAGUCAAGAUCAAGUGCCCGAGGAGUCGCAAAUUUAUAUGCCCCCAAGAGCUCCUUUGCAAGAGACUCAGCCAAUUUUACAUCCCCAGCAACAACAACAACUUCGAAUUCAACCAACCCAUCAGCAGACGGUUUUUGGAUCGAAAAAGCGCCAUCUCUUUACAGUUCACUCGGGAAAUAGUUAA